UGGUUAGUUCAAUAGUCAUACUUUUUCAGUGCGGUAAAUUUUACAGUCGGACUUUUUCAAGUUUUUGGUUUUCUUUGCAUAAAAUAAUUAAUUGUGAUUGCAUUUAACUCGGCUGACAAUGGCACAGAGUAAACUAAAUGACUUGGCUGGAAAAUUCGGCAAAGGUGGUCCACCAGGAUUAUCCGUGGGAUUAAAGCUGCUGGGGGCAGUUGGUGCCGCUGCCUACGCCAUCAAUCAGUCUUUAUACACAGUGGAUGGUGGUCAUCGUGCUAUCAUUUUCAGCCGUCUUGGGGGUAUACAGAAUGAGAUCUACUCUGAAGGCUUACAUUUCCGCAUUCCCUGGUUCCAAUAUCCAAUUGUAUAUGACAUCCGCUCUCGUCCUCGUAAGAUUUCAUCACCGACAGGUUCUAAGGAUUUACAGAUGAUCAACAUUUCUCUGCGUGUGCUUUCUCGUCCUGAUUCCUUGCGUCUUCCCAUCUUGCAUCGUCAGCUUGGUGUCGAUUACGAUGAGAAAGUCUUGCCCUCAAUUUGCAACGAAGUGCUAAAAAGUGUGGUGGCCAAAUUCAAUGCUUCACAAUUGAUUACACAACGUCAGCAGGUUUCGCUGCUUAUCCGCCGAGAAUUAGUGGAGCGUGCACGUGACUUCAAUAUCAUUCUUGAUGAUGUUUCACUCACUGAACUGAGUUUCGGCAAGGAAUAUACCGCUGCAGUUGAAGCCAAGCAGGUUGCACAGCAGGAAGCACAACGCGCAGUCUUCUUUGUUGAGCGCGCCAAGCAAGAGAAGCAACAGAAAAUU